UCUGCGUCAACCUGCCACAGCGGAAGUGAAAGCUUCAGAAGAAAUAUUGGCUAGAUAAAUAAGCAUGUUCGGCGUUUUAGUAUUGCACAUUGUAAAUAUUUCCUACUAACAAAAUGAAUGUUUUUAUCUGCGUCGUGUUGGUUCUCGUAAGUGCCGCAGCUGCUAACAAAAGCGGAGACGAAGACUGGGUGCAUCUGCCAAAUAAAUGUGAAGUGUGCAAAUUUCUUAGUAUUGAAAUGAAGUCUGCAUUCGAAGAGACUGGUAAAACAAAAGAAGUGAUCGAAACCAACUACCGCUUCCUGGAUGAUAAAGGUGCACCCCCAAUCAAAUAUGUCAAAUCUGAUAUUCGUUUCAUAGAGGUGAUGGAGAAUGUUUGCUCAAGGAUCAUGCAGUACAAUCUACACAAAGAGAGAGAUGGAAGUAAUCGCUUUGCAAAGGGUAUGUCUGAGACAUUCUCUACCUUACAUAACCUGGUUAAUAAAGGCGUGAAGGUGGUCAUGGACAUUCCUUAUGAACUGUGGAACGAGACCAGUGCAGAAGUGGCAGAUCUCAAAAAACAGUGUGACGUGAUGGUAGAGCAGUAUGAAGAAGUCAUUGAAGACUGGUAUAAAGGCAACCAGGAGGAAGAUCUCACCACUUACCUGUGUGAAAAACAUGUGCUGAAAGGACAAGACACCGACUGUCUUAAAGAGAACUGGACUGGGAAAAAGGGAGACAUGGCAGCUAUAGCAGAGGACAAGAAGAAAAAGAAAGGCAAGAAGAAGAAAGGUAAAGACAGCGAGGAUGGGCAGAAAAAGGAGAAGAAGGUGAAGAAGAAGAAGAAAAAGUCCAAACUGACCAAUGCUGAAUCCAGCAAGCGGAAAACUGAAGAAGCCGGAUACACCUCAGAUGAGGAGGAGAUCCAGAAGAAAGUUCCUCUUAAUAAGGAUAAAACUGAACUCUGAUCAAUUUCUUUGCUCUUUUUCCAUUUUUUUUUUCUGACACUUGUCUCCUUGAUAUCUAAAUUUAUGACUGGUACUAAGCUGUACGUUGAGUUUUAGUCUAUUAGAAGAAGGUAAUAUUGAGGUCCUCAUUCUAGAUCAUUAAUUCCGUCCAGCAACAAGCUAAAAUCAAAUGCCAUUUCAAAUCCCAAAAAUGGAAGAUAGACCAAUCAAACUAUACUGUAGCUUGGAUGUUUGCUUGUGUUUGUUCUCAUGCUGGAUUCAUGUCCGUAACACUGUAAACGAGCUGAAAUCUUCCUUCCUGGAUAAUGUCUGCCUUUGAGGACUCUGGUGUCUUAAAUCAAUCAAGUUUGCAAGCUGUUGGAAUGGAUUCUGGAAAUCCUUGUUCUCAUUUUUAUUACUCUUGACUCAUCUCACUGGUUUUUCUCCCUGAAAUUUAGCUUAUAUAUAAAUUUAGUUAAGUUUUCUUAUGCCUGUUGCUGUUACUUUUAAUUGCAGUUGAAUUCAUAUAGUUAAAGAUCUUUUGUAGAUUCAAAUUAAGGAAAUAUACGUACUUGGAGCUUUUUCAGUGUUAAUAUAAUUUAGGUGGUUCUAAUUUUAAAAUAUAUAUAAAAAUAUCAGUAUAAAUAUCAGUACCAAUACAGAAAAAUAUCUAUUUUAUCUUUUUCUGUGUAAAAAAAAAAAAAUUUUUACUUUGUGAUUGUGAUGCAACAAAUGCAAAAACAUUGUUUUGUGAUUCAACUUAAAUAGUUUUUUUUUUUUUUAAUUUUUUUUUCUAAGCUUGAAUGGUCUGGAACUCGGUAUCUCACGUCAAUUCUUUAAAUUUCCAACAUUUCUCGUUUCAGUAAUGCAGAUAAUGGGAGAAAUCCUGAGAAAAUACUUGGAACCUUUUCCUUCUUUCCCGUUAUCCAAAUAAGGGUGUACCAUUUUUGCUCAAUCUGUUCAUAUUAGUUUUUGCGUCUGCUGUGUUUGUGUAUGUGAUGUCACUUACAGGGAAUGUUUGAGUUACAUUUUAAUUUAAUAUUUUCUUUAGCUGUAUUGUUUACUUAAGUUGUUUAUCUGAUAUCAGGCGUCGCUAUUUCCAAAAGGUGUGUGUGUGUGUGUGUGUGUGUGUGUGUGUGUGAGAAAGAGAGAGAGCGCUCCUGCAGGUGUUUGUAUGCCUAUUCUCAGUGUUUAGAGUGUGUGUGAAAGUUAUUGACCUGAGGUUGAACUGUAUAUGCAAAUGUUGUAAUGGGAGGAACGUGCAGGUUUUGUGUUUCCUGGCAGCAGCUCAUUAGCUGAGGCUUUUGAUAAGUGUUUGGUGAGGUGUAGAUGACUGAUGAAUAAAAAAAGACGACUAUGAA